UAUUAUAUAUAUGGGGUAAAACCACACACACAAAAAAAGAUUUAAUCCGAAUCUGAUUUUGAAGUGCAAACUGGAGGAGCGAUGGACCUGCGGGAUGUGUACCUGCUGUGUGCGCUGGUUGCCUGCCUGACCCUGGAUUCCGCUCUCGCCCAGGAGCUGGUGUACACCAUCCAGGAGGAGCUGCCCGAGAACAUGCUGAUCGGCAACAUCCCCACCGACCUGAACAUCUCGCACCUCGGCAGCGCGGCCACCGGCACCGGAGCCGCCGGAGCCGCCGCCGCCGACCUGAUCUACCGCCUGGUGUCCAAGGCGGGCGACGUGCCGCUGCUCCGGGUGUCCAGCGGCUCCGGGGAGAUCUUCACCACCGGCCACCGGGUGGACCGCGAGAAGCUGUGCGCCGGCACCUACGCGGACAGCGAGUGCUUCUUCGAGAUCGAGGUGGUCAUCCUACCCAACGACUACUUCAGGCUCAUCAAGAUCAAGGUGUUCGUGCGGGACGUGAACGACAACGCGCCCAUGUUCCCCUCUCCGGUCAUCAACAUCUCCAUCCCGGAGAACGCGUUGGUCAACAGCCGCUACGCCAUCGCCUCGGCCACCGACCCCGACACCGGGCUGAACGGGGUGCAGCGCUACCAGCUGCUGAACGGCCAGAGCGUCUUCGGUCUGGACAUCGUGGAGACCCCCGAGGGCGAGAAGUGGCCGCAGCUGAUCGUGCAGCGGCCGCUGGACCGCGAGCAGAAGGACACGUACGUGAUGAAGAUCAAGGUGGAGGACGGCGGCGGUCCGCGCAGGUCGAGCACCGCCAUCCUGCAGGUCACGGUCAGCGACGUGAACGACAACCGGCCGGUGUUCCGGGAGAGUCAGCUGGAGGUGCGCGUCGCCGAGAGCGCCCGACCGGGGACCUCGGUGGCUCAGCUCCACGCCACGGACGCCGACCUGGGCACGAACGCCGACGUCCGCUACCUCUUCGGCCCGCAGGUGUCCGCCGCCGUCCGCAGGCACUUCUCCCUGAACGGCACCACCGGGCUGCUGACCGUGCAGCGGGCCCUGGACCGCGAGGAGGCGGCCGUGCACAAGAUGACGGUGCUGGCCAGCGACGGCAGCUCCCCUCCGGCCAGGGCCACCGUGCUGGUCAACGUGACGGACGUGAACGACAACGCGCCGGCCAUCGACAUCCGUUACAUCCUGGGCGCCCUCAACGGCACCGUGUACCUGCCCGAGAACAACCCGGCGCACACCAAGAUCGCGCUGAUCACCGUGGCCGACCGCGACACCGAGCUGAACGGGAAGGUGGUCUGCUACAUCGAGAAGGAUGUGCCCUUCCACCUCAAGGCCGUGUACGACAACCAGUACCUGCUGGAGACCUCCGCGCUGCUGGACUUCGAGAGCGCCGGCGAGUACAGCUUCCACAUCGUGGCCGCCGACUCGGGCAAACCCAGCCUGAACCAGACCUCCCUGGUCAAGGUCCGGCUGGAGGACGUCAACGACAACCCGCCCGUCUUCAGCCAACCCGUCAUCGAGCUGUCGGUGCCCGAGAACAACCGGCGAGGCCUGUACCUGACCACCCUCACGGCCACCGACGAGGACAGCGGCCAAAACGCCGAGAUCGUCUACCAGUUGGGACCCAACGCCUCGUUCUUCGACCUGGACCGCAGGACAGGCGUGCUGACCGCCUCCCGGGUCUUCGACCGCGAGAAGCAGGAGCGUUACAUCUUCACGGUGACCGCCCGAGACGGCGGAAACCCGCCCCUGCAGAGCCAGGCGGCCGUCAUCGUCACCGUGUUGGACGAGAACGACAACAGCCCCAAGUUCACGCACAACCACUUCCAGUUCUUCGUCUCCGAAAACUUGGCCAAAUACAGCACGGUGGGGGUUAUCACCGUCACCGACAUCGACGCCGGUGAGAACCAGGAUGUCAGCACCGCCAUCCUGGAGGACAAUGCCAACUUCAUACUGGACCCUUUGAACGGGGUCAUACGGUCCAAUAUUUCUUUCGAUAGAGAAGUGCAGAGCUCCUAUACCUUCCAAGUCAAGGCAGUGGACAGAGGGCGACCUCCUCGUUCAUCCAUUGCUAAAGUGACCAUCAAUGUCAUAGAUGUCAAUGAUAACAGCCCGGUUGUCAUCUACCCGCCUUCGAACUCAUCUUUCAAACUGGUACCUCUUUCUGCUAUCCCUGGUUCGGUGGUAGCAGAAGUCUUUGCCAUAGAUGUCGACACGGGAAUGAAUGCUGAACUCAAAUAUACAAUUGUUAGUGGAAAUAACAAGGGCUUGUUCAGAAUUGACCCCGUAACAGGUAACAUUACUUUGGAGGAGAAACCAACUGUUGCAGAUGAGGGCUUGCAUCGUUUAGUGGUAAACAUCAGCGACUUGGGUUAUCCUGAACCCCUGCACACUCUUGUACUCGUCUUUCUGUAUGUCAAUGAGACUGUAGGCAAUGCUAGUUACAUUUAUGAACUAAUACGAAGGACUAUGGAGACACCAUUGGAUAAGAACAUUGGAGAAGGCACUCAGCCCUGGCAAAAUGAAGAUUAUCUGACCAUCAUGAUCGCCAUAGUGGCGGGGGCUAUGGUUGUCAUUGUAGUCAUCUUUGUUACUGUAUUAGUGCGCUGCCGCCAAUCAUCUCGGUUCAAAGCCACGCAAAGGAACAAGCAGGGGGCUGAAUGGAUGUCUCCCAACCAAGAGGGCAAACAGAGCAAGAAGAAAAAAAGGAAGAAAAGGAAAUCUCCAAAGAGCUCUCUUUUGAACUUUGUUACAAUCGAGGAAUCCAAACCAGAUGAUCCUGCUCACGAACCUAUAAACGGGACCAUUACUCUUCCAGCUGAGCUGGAGGAGCAGACUAUAGGACGGUUUGACUGGGGCGCAACACCACCAACAACCUUUAAGCCCAAUAGCCCAGAUCUAGCGAGGCAUUACAAAUCUGGCUCUCCACAGCCCUCCUUUCAUCUAAAACCAGAUACUCCCGUGUCCGCGAAAAAGCAUCACGUGAUUCAGGAGCUCCCAUUGGACAACACCUUCGUUGGGGGUUGCGAUACCCUGUCUAAGCGCUCUUCCACUAGUUCAGACCACUUCAGUGCCUCAGAGUGUAGCUCCCAAGGAGGCUUCAAGACAAAGGGCCCAAUGCACACCAGACAGUCUCAGCGCCGCGUUACCUUUCACCUGCCCGACGGCUCCCAGGAAAGCUGCAGUGAUAGUGGCCUAGGAGACCACGAGCCUGUAAAUGGUGGCACGCUGAUCUCACACCCUCUCCCUCUGGUUCAGCCGCAGGAUGAGUUCUACGACCAGGCUUCCCCAGACAAGAGGACUGAAGCUGACGGCAACUCCGACCCUAAUUCUAAUGAAUGUCCCACUUUGAGACCCUUAAGAUCAGAACAACAGCAAACAAUUGUGAUCUUAGAAGAGGAUAAGGCAUCUUUCCAACACAAGGAACCUGGUGUGACUGAGGAAUGUGUGGCGAUAGAAGAGUUUCCAAAAAACGCAUAUGAGUUGCAGACUCCAAAAGGUACAGGUGGGCACCAAAAAACAGUCUCUUAUAUGAAGACAUCUACCUCAGGGCCCAGAGAGGUAAUAGAGACACCUCAGCCAGAGUUCACAGAUGAUGUCCCUUCCUCUUCCACAUCACAGCCUCAGAACAGACAGGAAGGAGAGCUCUGCCCUAUAUGCCGUAGACUAGAUACAAUUGUGGACACUGUACAACGUGGGUUCAACUUCAUGCAUAGGGAUAUAAACAUGUUGCAAAAUGUUUCGCAAUAUCGUGGAGCCCGGUUGUCCCAGAAUGUCAUGUCUCUAGUCAAUGCGAUGCAUACACUUGUAAGGCUCCAUCACUUCUCCUCCUUAACACGCAGGGAUGUUGCCAUUCAAACCUCCAUAGAGUCCACUGAAAAUCAUCCUGAGGGUAAUGUUGAGGCAUCAUCCAGUGGCAUAGUGGUUGAAGUGACACAAGAUCAUGAGGGAGAUUCUGCAGAGAGUAUGUCCAUUGAGGAUACCUCCCACAACUCUUCAGAUAGUGACUGGUGAAACUAGUAAAUAGUUCUAAAAACAUAUAAACGUAGUUUUGUUAUAAUCCAACUUAAUCCAUGUGGUCUACUUCAUAGGCUUUGUUGGUGGGUUAGAUUUGAAAUAGGGUAUUUUGAAUUUUGGUGUUGCAGUUUUAUACAGUAGU